AUGCCUGGGGAGGAGAUGGAGAUCACGACCGAUUUCGGUCACACCGGCUUUGGAGAAGACAUUGACAUAGACCUUGAUUUUGCGGUCGGGCAACCCGACGAAGACCUGGAACUCGCGGAUUUUGACCAAGGUCAGGAGAUGCAGAAUUUUAACACUGAUACGAGAGAUGAGUUGAUGGCAGAGGGAGAUGAUGCAUCUUAUGGCAUGGUCGACGCAGAUGAUAUCGAGCACAACGAGGGAGCUACAGCUGCUAACGAUAUCGAGAUCGACCUUGGCGAUCCCGAAGAGAAUCUCUGGCAUCACAGCAUCCCCCAUGGAGAGACCCUCGAACCUGUCGUAGAGAUCGACUACGUUGAGGAUGCUGAUGUAGACAAUUCUACCGCAGUGAAUAUUGGUGAAGCUAGUUGGUUAGAGGCAUCGACCUACCAAAUUAACAACGCGAACGAAGUGGAACUGGCUCAAGUCGAGGUCGCCGCCCUUGAUGCAGCAAGUAGCCAUCCGCCCCAGGAUAGUGCAAUUCCCGCAGAAGGUGUAGAUGCCCAAGACUUUGGAUUGUUCGAAACUAGAGAUGACGCGAAAGAACCUAGCAGUGGCGGUAACGACAAUGGUAACCAAGAAAGCAUAAUCGAAGGUACAAUCAAUGAACAGCAAACUACUGCCUUUGAUGCUGAACCCCCACAGCCCGCAGAAGGAUCUGUUCUUAGUAAAGAUGACUUACAGGAUAACUUUAACGAUGUCCAAUCCAAUGGGGAUGCUAAUGCCAUUCACGAAGUCCAAGAACAUGAGCAAUACCAGACCGAUCACAAUGAAGUAUCUGAACCUGGACAUACCCAGAAUGAUGUCUCUCAGCGUGAAGAGAAGCCUGCCACCCCGGUGGCUUCGGUUCACGGAUCAGCUAGUGAACAUUCAGACCAACAAGAAGACGAGACUGGUCAACAGGACCCUAGCUUAGGAGGUUCUGAACAACAGCUAGGCGGCGACUCGUAUGCCGAGUCCGCUAAUGGCCCGGAAUCUGUUCAAUCCCAAGGUCAAGAAGAGAAUAAAGCCCAUGAUGCCGACGGAACACAUACCCAGACAGAUCAUUAUGAUCCCGGAAACGAGAAUGCUGAAAGAACGGAUGCUAAUGAAGAUGGCCAAAUCCUUCCUGCUGGCAAAGCCCAUGUAGAACAUCCGCUUUCCAUUGCUACGCGUCAUGAAAUGUACAUUUCAUAUGGCCAGACGGAUUAUCGACUCUUCGCUAAGUCCGAAGACGAUGAUCCCAACCAGUACUUUUUGCGUGACAUGUCAGCUAUGGAGCUUCCUCUUGGUCAAUUCUUGUCAAAUUUGCGAGAGAUCGUUGCAGAGGAGGUAUCCGUUCUUGACGAGUUGGUGAUGCAUGUCGACGGACUAGGACUGGAAUUUUCUGAGUCUUCUACAAGUGACAUGCUCGAAGAAUUCACAUUUGGUGAUAUUCUCAGUCUCUAUGACAAACUUGUCAAGAACGAUGGAGCGGAAUCAGCCCCCUGCCUUUACAUGUAUCUUAUGGUAAGACCUAACUGUCGCCAGCGCCUUGUGGCCCUUCUAGAUAGCGCGAGUGCGGGUCGUGGCCUCUCUGAAGUUGCUGUUUAUCGAGAAAUGACACCUGAUCCCGAUGAGCAACCCGACAACCCCGAAUAUCAUAGCUCAUAUGCCUCAUCUGAAGGCGAAGAAGGCGAAGAAGACGAUGAGACCAGACACGGCUCCAACUCACUAACCCAUGGCGAGGAAGGAGAGGAUUCCUACGAAUACGAAGAUAAUAAUCUUGCGGGAGAUGAAGAUGAAGAGCAUGAUGACGAUGGGGUCGAAGAACAAUCCCUUUUGAAAUCGUCUGCUGUUCAUACUCCGGCUGCGGAAGCGAAUCCAGAACAGGAAGGACUAGAAGGACAGGCCAAGGAAUCUGAAGAGAUCUCCAGACAGAACACCGAAGAGAAUCCCGGCGCAGACGUUGACGGUGAAGUGAUUGACUUCUCUGAUGACGAAUUAGAUCUCUCUUCAUUGAAGCAGGGUAAAUCAUAUCCUUACAGCCCCUUAAAUUUCUCUUCUUUUUUCAAUCAUACUGGACGGGCUGGCUGCCAGUGUCAGGACUGUUUCGAGCUCUCGCUUGACCAGCUCGAUAUCUCGAUGCCGGACACACCAACUCUGUUCAGCCCCGCUAUAACGGUUACCCAUAGGAAGUCGCAAUACCAAAGCGGAUCUUCUUCUCCGUGGUCGAUAGUUUCGGCUGCUCAACCCUCCACUUUCUUAGACGGAACAGAAUCAUUUCGGAUUAUUACUAACUCGUAUUUCCCUCAAGAUCAACAAACGAAUGCGUCUCCGCAAGGCCAUGAUCGUGUGAAUCAUGAUGAGUCUAACGGUGUGACUACUGCCGAACACAACGUUUCGAACCAGCAUACGCCACGAACUAACGAAUUGGCCGAUACUCACUCCGAGGUUACUAGCGCUACCGUUACGCUUAACGGCGACGAUAACGAUGAGAUCGAUUACUCAGACGAUGACGGAGAGGUCGAGGAAGGCCAAGAUGAUCCCCCCAACGCUUCGGAUACAGCAUCGACAAAUCUGAAGACGCCGAUCGAUGAUGAGAUCACGUGGGAGUCAGACGAUGAGGAUGUCAAGAACGAGACCACAACAGCUCCUAAAGAAGCUCCUAAAACAACGGUACAAGUGUCACCGUCAUCUGGGAAACGCCGCAGGUCAAACUCAGACCUACUCGAUGGCUCAACUGAACAGAAUGAUGUCAAGCGUCGUCGUCCGUCUUAA